AUGGCGCAAGCAAAUCUAGAGCAGCAGAAUCUCGAUUUGCUAGGUCCAGCCUAUGCGCUGGAAUGGAUGGAGAGUCAGCGCUACUGCUCCCGGCGGCAGUUUAGAAGUGCUGAAGAGCUGCGCACUGAUAUCAAGCAGCAGGCGAAAGAACCGCAGAGAUUUGAGUCCCGACGCCGGCUCCUGGUCCUUCGCGAGUUGCCCGUGGACUAUGUCCAGGUGUUAAGGGACCUGUUGGAUGUCGACGCGGGCUUCAUCGACGCACAUGUUAGUCGGUUGAGCUAUAGGCCGCUUGUAAGGCGGAGGCGGGACCACGGGGCCACUCAGACCAGAUUCGUUCGCUUCGAGUAUCCGGAAUUAUUUACGGCAUCGAAGGGAUUUACCACGGAUGUAAAGACGGUCCCGCCAGCGACUGGCUCUCGUACUAGAGGCGAAGAUAACGUUGAAGAACCGCCACUGCAUGUUAUCUCGGAAGACGGAGAGGGGGUACUGUUUCGCCGUGCUUCGCUAUGGCAGUGUGCCAAGGCCAAUGUCCUUAUAUUAAACCGUUCGACAUGGACUCGGAGAUAUUAUUCUUCGGACCCGGGCCAAGUUCUCUCUACUACCGGGCUAGCAGACGGAGAUAUGUCGAAUUUUGAGUCGCUCCUAUACCGUGGCUUAGCGGAGGAAUGGCACGAUGAUUCCUACGAGGACGCAGAUAUACGUUCUCUCGUGCAAGACAUCGUCGUACACGAAUGGGCCGAAUUCUUCGAUAUGGUUUCUUCGAAUAUAUCCCCCGGUAUGCAUCAGAUGACGGAACUGUACUGGCAAGUACAUGCAAGCCUAGAAAGAAAUCUGAGCAGCGCUGAGCUUUGCGAGAGAUUGCUCCAGGGUACAGGCACCCCAUCUUUAUCGCCCUAUUCCUCUAAAUCAGACUGGGAAUCCCUCCUCUCCCGUCUUAAUAGACAUGUCUCGUUACUGAACCACCUUGCCCCUAUUUCCACACAAAUUCCUAACACCAGCCCCAUUAUCCCUGGCAGUAUCCCAUCCCCUCCACUGGAGAAGCAGCCCCUUACUACAAGAGGUAUUCCCCCAUCGGAAAUGAUCCCCCGCCACCGUCACUCCCACAGCGGUAACAACUCCAGCGCCGACGAACAGAACAAGCACGCAUUAGACCGCGUCUCGUACAUGGGCGGUAUUUUACUCCCACUAUCUAUCGUUUCCAGCAUCCUAUCCAUGAGCGACCCGUUCGGGCCCACGGGGCCCAUGUUCUAUGUCUUCUGGGCGGCCGCCGUGCCCCUAGUCUUUGUCGCCAUCCUAAUCAUUUACGCUGAUUCGAUCCGCAAGGCCGAGGUCUGGAUCGAGGUCGCGAGUAACGGCGGCAUUAGCGAUGCCAGCGAGGAGAAACCCGAGACUGACCUUGAGGGUCAGGCUUUACCGUAUAAUAGGUUGGGAAUCGCGGCGCUGGGAAGGGGGGAAGAUGGGGAGGAGGCAAUGGGGACAGAUUCGUUUGAUGAGCCAGCUAUGAUGGUAGAGAAGCUAUUCAAAGAUGCUGGGAGUAGAAAGUGGCAGAAAGAGCAGCUUGGUUGGGGUGGUGCAUGUAAGACUGCCUUGCAUAUCUAUAAGCUCAAGAAAGGUAAACCACCCAGCUGGGUUAGGCAUGGGAGGACAGCUUAA